AUGCGAGAUCUAAAAACAUUCUCUCCCGUGGCACCGGUAGUAAGUACUAUAUGGUCGGGCUUUAGCGGGUCUAUUAAUCGAGAUCAAUCGUUUAUUCCCGGAUGCGUGGGAAUCCCCAUUUUUUCCAUCCUAGUAUUGACUGGAAGGGGGAAGAAGAUUAGAAACCAAUAA